CUGACACCACGAUUCUCGCAGAUGACGUGGCUUCGGUUCCUGCUCUGUAUCUUCUUCUGUGACUGCAUUGAAUCUAGUUGCAGACUGACCAGCAGCGAGCUGACACCAGAUAUGUCCUUGGAUGGAAAUAUAAUAAUCGGGGUGGUGGUCCCUGUUCAUGUGGACAAAAUAUUCCCAAAGGUCAAUUACAAAGAGAGGCCUGGUCCUGCCAUCUGUAAGAGCUUCAGGUUAGAUAACUACCAGCGUGUCCAAGCUGUUCAUUUCGCUGUAGAAGAAAUUAACAAAGAUCCCAAUUUUUUGCCAAAUGUCACCUUAGGAUUCCAGAUCUUUGACUCUUGUGUAGUCCUCCAGAGAGCAGUGUCAGGAAUUUUGCAGCUGUUGAGUGGAUAUGGAAGACCUCUACCAAAUUAUCGAUGUAACCAGGAGACCCGGUUGGCUGCAGUAAUCGGACAUUCUGUAUCUACAUACUCCAUUUUACUGGCUCAUAUACUGGGGUUAUACAGGUAUCCACAAAUCAGUCACUAUUCCACAAGUUCACUUCUCAGUAACCGUGUCCAAUUUCGCUCAUUUUUUAGAACAGUCCCCAGUGACUCCUUUCAGUCUCAAGGUCUUGCACAGCUUGUGUUGCACUUUGGAUGGACCUGGAUUGGUCUAGUGGCCCUUGAUAAUGAUUAUGGGCAGCAAGGUAUCCAAAUUGUCAAGAGGGAUAUAAUAAAAGCUGGAGCCUGUGUGGCUUUCACAGAGACCAUAAUCUCCAGUCAGCAAGAUCGAAACGCUCCACAUAUUGCCAGAGUGGUUAAAGACUCAACAGCCACAGCGGUGGUCAUCUUCUCUACUGAUAUAGACUUAAGCUUUGUACUAGAUGAGAUGAUGAGGCAGAACGUCACAGGAAAAGUAUGGAUUGCCAGUGAAGCUUGGUCUACAUCAUCAUCCUUGUCAGUAAAUAAAUAUUCAAGACUUCUUCUUGGAACAAUUGGCUUUGCCCUCCAUAGUGGAAGCAUGCCAGGGUUUGGAGAUUUCCUAAACAGGAUAAAUCUAUCUAUGGUUGUGGGAAACCAAUGGAUAAAAAUAUUCUGGGAACAACUUUUUGGCUGCAAAUUUCCAGACCAGAUGUCCCCCAAAGUAAUUUCCAACUCAUCAAUAAAAGAAUGUACCGGCCGAGAAAGUCUUGAGAACUUCCGGAACAGUUACAAUGAUGUCGCUAGUCUGAGGGUACCAUACAACAUCUAUACAGCAGUUCAUGUGGUAGCAAAAUCUUUGCACGAUUUGGGUAAAUGCAGGAAGGGAGAUGGACCUUUCCUCAAUGGAUCAUGUGCUGACAUUGAGAACUUCAAGCCUUGGCAGUUGCUGCACUACAUGAAGAAGUUAAGUCUGAACAGGUCCGAUGGUAGACAACUCUUUUUCGAUGAGAACGGAGAUCCCCCUGCUGUGUACGAUAUAGUGAACUGGCAGCUGAGCCCUGAAGGGAAACUCCAACAAGUCACAGUGGGGAGUUAUGAUACCAGAAUGACCAGUGGGAACGUCUUCACCAUUAAUACCAGCAACGUACAUUGGGGAACUGGAGACCUUGGGGUACCUGUUUCAGUCUGCAGCCCUAGUUGUCCACCAGGCUCCAGGAAAGCAGCCAGAAAAGGCCAACCUUCCUGUUGUUUUCAAUGCAUUUCAUGUUCUGACAGAGAGAUAGGCAACCAAACAGAUUCACUACAAUGUACAAAAUGUCCAUGGGAUAUGUGGCCAAAUCCAACCCGUGAUCAUUGCGUUCCAAAGACUCAAGAAUUCCUUUCACAUGAAGAUCCACUGGGCAUCACCUUAACAGCUACUGGCAUAUCCUCAUCAUUGGUUCCUGUGGCCAUCUUUGGACUUUUUAUCCGCUACAGAACAACCCCCAUUGUUCGGGCCAAUAAUUACUCCUUAAGUUGUCUUCUCCUGGUGUCACUGUCUCUCUGUUUUCUUUGCUCUUUAGUCUUUAUUGGCUAUCCCCAGUAUGAGAUAUGUUUUUUAAGGCAAGUGACUUUUGGUGUUGUAUUUGCACUUUGUGUCUCCUGCCUCUUGGCUAAAACCAUUAUGGUAGUCAUCGCUUUUAAGGCCACAAGGCCUGGGAGUCAACUAAGGAAAUGGACUAGACCACAUGUAUCAUAUCUCGUAGUCAUCUCCUGUAUCCUUAUUCAAUUAUUUCUUUGUAUUAUGUGGCUGACAUUCUCUCCUCCCUUCCUAGAAGUCAAAUCAGAAAGUAAUUCUGGAGUACUAGUUAUUCAGUGUAAUGAAGGGUCACCAUUGGCUUUUUGGUCUAUGCUUGGCUACCUUGGUCUCCUGGCCUCCAUAAGCUUCAUUGUAGCUUUCUUUGCCAGGAGACUUCCCGACAGCUUCAAUGAGGCCAAGUUCAUCACCUUCAGCAUGCUGGCCUUCCUGAGCGUCUGGUUGUCCUACAUUCCAGCAUCUCUCAGUUCACGAGGAAAAUAUAUGGUGGCCAUGGAGAUCUUUGCUAUCCAAUCGUCAACCUGGAGUUUGGUCAUUUGUAUGUUCCUUCCAAAAUGUUAUAUUAUUGUAUUCAGACCCGACAUGAACUCAAGGGAAAAACUGAUUGCAAAACAAAAAAAUCAGAGGAACUGA